AUGGAACGAUCGUCACGUAAUGAUAAAAAUCAAUACAAAGACAUAUUUGCUCGAGACGCAUCGAUUAUCAACCAAUCUUAUCAACGAAAAUUUUUCUUAUCGGAUAAAUGUAAAUUCGAUGUAAUCAAAACAAUUAAAGGUCUUGAAGCUGUUAAUGUUCAAAUAACAGAGAGAAAUAUCAAGAGUAUUUCUCAAUUGCCAAAGAUACCGAAAAAAAAAAGAAAGAAAGGUGCUCCAACAACUCCUUUAACAAGUAUUGCAACAACAAAAAUAGUUGAACGUGUAUUAAGACGUAAUAGUUUACCAGGUGGUUUAUCAUCAUUAAUAUGUGGAGGAUCUGAUAUAGGAUCAUCAAUAAGUAAAGAUAAAAGAAUUCCACUUGUUUCAUUUACUGGUUCAACUCAAGUUGGAAAACAAGUUGCUUUAACUGUUCAAUCACGAUUUGGAAAAACAAUUCUUGAAUUAGGUGGAAAUAAUGCAAUUAUUAUUAUGAAUGAUGCUGAUCUUACGCUUGCUAUUCCAGCGGUUUUUUUUGCUGCUGUUGGAACUGCUGGACAAAGAUGUACUACAGCUAGACGUUUUAUUGUUCAAGAAGGAAUAUAUGAUGAAGUAUUAACUCGUCUUCGUCAUGCAUAUGAACAAAUUGAAUCUCGAAUAGGUGAACCAUUUGAAAAAAAUGUUCUUUAUGGACCUUUACAUACAAAACAAUCAGUUGAAUUAUAUGAAAAAGCUUUAGAACAAGUUAAACAAAAUGGUGGAAAAAUUAUUUAUGGAGGACAAAUUUAUAAACAACGUAAAGGAAAUUUUGUUCAACCAACAAUUGUUACACAACUUAAACAUGAUUCUUCUAUUGUUCAUCAAGAAACAUUUGCACCGAUUCUUUAUGUUUUUAAAUGCAAAACAUUUGAAGAAGCUGUUCAAUGGAAUAAUGAAGUUGAUCAAGGUUUAUCAAGUUCAAUAUUUACGAAUAAUCCGGAAUAUUUAUUCAAAUGGAUUGGUCCUAAUGGAUCGGAUUGUGGAAUUGUUAAUGUAAACAUUCCAACAAGUGGAGCUGAAAUAGGUGGUGCUUUUGGCGGAGAAAAACAUACAGGUGGUGGAAGAGAAUCAGGUUCCGAUGCCUGGAAACAAUAUAUGAGACGAUCGACUUGUACAAUUAAUUAUUCAAAAGAACUUCCAUUAGCUCAAGGAAUCCAAUUUACUUAA